UGUGUCUGAAUUUAUAUGCUUAUACACAUUGGGACUAUUGGUACACUUAAACCAUGGCUUUGAAACUUGUGCCAAUUUGGGCAUGUUGUACCAAUCAGCAGCAUUGUUGUACUUAUCCUCAAUCUUUGAAAUUGGGGUAUGGGUGUAGGCUUUCUGGAUCAACUUUCUUGAAUCUCAGGGCCCAUAAGAAAUGGGAAUGUUUGGUUUUGUUAUCUGAGACUGAAAGAGCUAUCACUCCUGUGGAAGAUGAACAGCCAUUGGCACCACCUGGGGAUGCUUCUGUUCAAGAAACCCAAAUCAUCCAGUCAAAAGGGUUUCAUAGGGAUUUACAAUCUUUACCAAAACCCUUAUCUGCGACAUAUCUUUCUAGUGGUCAACAUGAUGGUUCAAAUGUGCGAGUUGCUUAUCAGGGAAUUCCAGGUGCAUAUAGUGAGGCAGCUGCACUUAAAGCAUACCCGAAAUGUGAACCUGUCCCAUGUGAUCAGUUUGAGGCUGCAUUUAAGGCAGUUGAAUUAUGGUUAGUAGACAAAGCUGUACUCCCAAUCGAAAAUUCAGUUGCUGGGAGCAUCCACCGUAACUACGAUCUACUCCUUCGGCAUAGGCUGCAUAUUGUGGGAGAAGUUCAGUUGCUUGUUAACCACUGCCUUUUGGGCUUGCCAGGAAUCAGGAAAGAGGAAUUAAAGCGCGUCGUGAGCCACCCUCAGGCACUUGAACAAUGCAACAUUAUGUUGAAUGAGUUAGGCGUUGCAAGGCUCAGUAGUGAUGAUACUUCCAGUGCUGCACAGAUUGUCGCAUCUGAAGGGACGAGAGAUACUGGAGCAGUUGCAAGUGCUCGAGCUGCAGAGAUUUACGGGCUCAGCAUUCUUGCUGAAAGAAUUCAGGAUGAUCCAGAUAAUAUCACCAGAUUUCUGAUACUAGCAAGGGAGCCCAUAAUUUCGGGAACUGAUAGGCCAUAUAAGACUAGCAUUGUCUUCACUCUGGAAGAAGGACCUGGAGUUCUAUUCAAGGCCUUGGCAGUUUUUGCUCUGAGAGAGAUCAAUUUAACAAAGAUCGAGAGCCGACCACAAAAGAAGCGCCCUUUAAGGGUAGUAGAUGACUCCAACAAAGGAAGUGCCAAGUACUUUGACUACCUUUUUUACAUAGACUUUGAAGCAUCGAUGGCAGACCCUCGCGCUCAAUAUGCUCUUGAGCAUCUUCAGGAAUUUGCAGGAUUCAUUCGAGUUCUUGGCUGCUAUCCCAUGGACACAAAUCUAUGAUUGGUUACCUUCCAGAAGUAUGUUGUAGGAGAUUCAACUUGUAGAGGAGUUGCUCAACUUCAAAUUGUUGUAUGUGUAUUAUCUGCUGGGAACUUCCAGUCCUAUAGGCCAUAGUUGUGCCUUCCCUGUGCUCUCAUAUUCUUUCCAUCUGCAUUUUUAGAAAAUUUGUUGGUUCAGUUCGUUCACAGCCUCCCCCUUAUUUUUCUAGGCUAGCUGUUAGCAAAUCUCAGGAAAGCAAUUAACUAUUGCUUCACCUGUAGCUUUUGUCCAAUGGGCAAAUUGUUUAUCUAGAGCUCCCCC